AUGUCUGGACGCCGUUCUCGUUCAGGCAGGGCCGCCGCCAAGCGUGCCUCUGCUGCACUCCAAAGCACUCCCAGAACCUUUGAGGGCAUUGAUGACGACGAACCCGUUGCCGAAGCUGUCGAGUCCGAGAACGAGAACGAGCACGAGCAAGAGGCGCAGCCCGAAGACGACGAUGACGACGAAGAGGAGAAGGCGAAUGAGUCGGGCGAAGAGGAAGGAGGCGACGAAGACGGCGAGGAGGAGCCCGCCAACGACGACGCAGAGGACUCUGAGCCCUCGGCCAAGGAACCAACCCCUCCCACCGAGCCGGUGAUCCGUAGGAAGCGUCUCGGACGGCCUCCAAAGAACAAGCCGCCCGGCUGGGAUAACAUGAUCACCGUACCCGCCUCCGAGGCCGACACCCCGCGACGGAGAGGCCGCGGUGGAUGGCGCGGCCGCGGCGGUCGACGGCCCGCGCCCGGUCAGGCCCCCCCGAAGCUCAAGCAGGUCAUCGACAAGGAGGGCACCGAGGUCGACAUCGUCGACGACGAGUGCGUACUGCCCGAGGACCCCGAGGGAGAGACCAAGGUCGACAAGCUCGGCAACCUCCAGGGCGGCCGCCAGUACCGCUGCAGGACCUUCACCGUCAAGGACCGCGGCGAUCGCCAGUACAUGCUGUCGACGGAGCCCGCGCGCUGCGUCGGCUUCCGCGACAGCUACCUCUUCUUCAACAAGCACCCCAAGCUUUACAAGAUCAUCGUGAGCGACGACGAGAAGAUGGACAUGAUCGAGCGCAACAUCAUCCCCCACUCGUACAAGGGCCGUGCCAUAGGAAUCGUCACUGCCCGCUCCGUCUUUGUCGAGUUCGGCGCGCGCAUCAUCGUCGGCGGCCGCAACAUCAUCGACGACUACCGCGUCGCCGACAUGCGCGCCGCCGGCGUCGUCGAGGGCGCCAUCGCCGACCCCUCGGACGUCUUCGACCCUAACCAGCCCUACAACUCGAACCAGUACGUCGCGUGGUUCGGCGCCAGUGCCGUGUACCAUACCAACCAGACGCCGGCCGCCUCGGACCCCCUUGCCGGCCUGGCCGAGGUCAAGAAGAAGCGGGUCAACGUGAAUGAUACCAACUGGCAGUUGGAGCACGCUCGCGCGGCUAGCGAUUUCAACAGCCGCGUCAACGCCAUCCGCAUGGCAACGCUGCGCCACGGCGCGUACGACAUCCACACAAACCUGAUGCAGAUGCCCGUCAACACGCAACCGACGCGCGCGCGCGUGGAGAUCGUCCCCCCGGGCACCGCCAGCGAGCCCAACAGCGCCUUCCCGACCGUGCCGUCGGCGGUGGCGCGCAACUUCAACGUCGUGGACGUCGUCUACGAGACGCCGCGCGUGCGGGUCCAGUCCGCCGGCCGCCGGCCGGCCGAGGUCCCCGACUUCCUGAAGCCGUUCAACGGCAUCCUGGCCAUCGGCGACGACCUCAAAGCGAUGCUGCCGCCGUCGUGCCGCGCGUCGCUCGAGAGCCACCAGGCCGAGCAGCGGGCGUUCGAGGCGCGCUUCGGCGAUGAGAAGGACGCGAUGGCGCGGGGCCGGCUGCGGAUCGACAAAUCGGUCGUGCCCCAGGGCCGGCACUCGUAG